UUUGUUUUUCGAACUCAGCUGUCAUCGAUAGUAUGUUGCUUCCUGCCGUUGUGGGUGAUACUUUCGAAUCGUUUCUUAUUUUAAACAAUGUGAAUAUAACGAAACAUGUUUGAUUCCCCAUCAUAAUAUUUCUUUCGAAUAGCUAACUAUUUCGUAGUGCAAUACGAAUAAUUUUCUCCCGUAUCCUUAUGCGAUAUAUUUUAAUAUAUGGAUCUGCGUAUAAAAUAUGUAAUUUAUCGACGAUCAGUGAAUUCUACACAUUUUCCAUGGCACUGUGAAGGUUGCGGUUAUAACGAGUGCUUGGGGUGUUUGGAGUGUCCUACGUUAUGGAAGGCAUCACAAGGUCAUGCAUGCAGCCAGGCCCUAACCUGCACAAAUUUUUUUUUUUCUUUUUUUUUACAAAUCACCUUAGAGCAAUUGUGCUUCUAGUAGGUGCAGGCUCUUCCUUCGUCUAGUCCUCAUUCUUCCCCACUGCCUCCAACAGCCUAGAGUUCCCUAUGUUAACUCUGUUGAGCAUGUUUUACUAUAUUUGUCUGCGGCGACGCUCCAGGAGUGGGACUCGUGGUGAGGCUCUGACCAGUCGACGAGCAGUGGAGUCUGGCCAACGGGCGAUAUUGCCUGUCAGUGUGGAGGUGGAGCAGUACACCAAGGAGGUUUUGGACUUCAGCUCUCAUUACGGCAGUGAGAAUAGCAUGUCCUACACUAUGUGGAACCUGGCUGGUGUGCCUAAUGUCUACCCCAGCUCUGGGGACUUUACACAGACUGCGGUGUUCAGAACUUAUGGAACUUGGUGGGAACAAUGUGCCAGCGCUCCAACACGUUUCCGACGCACCCCCAAAGGUUUCUACAGCCAGGAUUAUAUUGAGCUGGGCUUUGAAGAGCCUGUUUACCCUACAGCUGUUGAGGUUCUUGAGACUUAUUACCCUGGGGCUAUUGUCCAGAUUCUGGCCUGCUCACAUAACCCCUUUUCCCAAAAUCAACCUACGGAUGUCAGGUGGGAGGUGUUGUGGGCGGGGGAGCCCACCAAGGUGCUGGCACCCCAGGCUCGCCAGUUUUCACCUACAAUCAAGCACAUCAGUUUCCCCACCAACCUGCUACGCCUGGAGGUCAACAGCUCUCUUCUGGACUACUAUACUGAGCUGGAUGCCGUAAUCCUACGUGGCGUGAAAGAAAGGCCUAUGCUCGCGCUCUACAAAAUGCCUGUCAUCGACAUGAUUGAUCUGAGUGACAGUGAGGAGGAUCUUUCUGAUCUGGGAGGUUCAUUCAGACAGGGUCCGGAUUGCAGGACAGGCAACGGCUACUUUGACAAACUACCCUAUGAGCUCAUUCAACUAAUACUCAGCCACCUGACCUUGCCAGACCUGUGCCGUCUGGCCCAAAGUUGUAAGAUGCUGCACCAGCACUGUUGUGACCCGCUGCAGUACACCCAGCUGAGUUUGCAGCCCUACUGGGCCAGGCUGAGUGACACCUCCUUGGGAUACCUGCAGAGCCGCUGCACACGCCUCCAGAGGCUCAACCUUUCUUGGACUGGCAACCGCGGCGCUCUCACCCUUAAUAGCUUCAGCAGUUUCAUGAAGGUCUGUGGGCUCAGUCUGGUGCGUCUGGAGCUGUCUUGCUGCCACUUCCUGAAUGAGGCCUGUUUGGAGGUUCUUGCCCAGACUUGUCCAGGGCUGCAAGAGCUGAACCUGGCCUCCUGUGACCGGCUUCACCCACAGGCCUUCACACACAUUUCUAAACUUACACGCCUCCGCAGACUGGUGCUUUAUCGUACCAAGGUUGAGCAAACAGCUAUUCUUAGCAUCCUGACUUUCUGCAUCGAGUUGAAACACCUGAACCUCGGGAGCUGUAUCAGGAUUGAAGACUAUGAUGUUGUGGCCAGUAUGCUGGCUGCUCGCUGCCACUCACUUUGUUCCUUGGACCUGUGGCGCUGCAGAAACCUGACAGAUCGUGGCCUAAAUGAGCUUGUCUCUGGCUGCAGAAUGUUAGAGGAACUGGACUUGGGCUGGAGUCCCACACUGCAGAGCAGCACUGGAUGUUUCCAGCACCUUGCCCGCAGCUUACCACGUUUACGCAAACUCUUCCUCACCGCCAAUCGUACAGUCCGUGACUCGGACGUCGAGGAGUUGGCCUCCUGCUGCCCAUUGCUGCAACAUCUAGACAUACUGGGUACACGGCUUGUGAGUGCUGCCUCAUUGAAGAAACUCCUCCAGUCGUGUCCGCAGCUGCGUCUCCUGGAUGUUUCCUUCUGCUCCCAGAUAGACACAAGGCUAGCGCAAGAGCUAUCCAGCCUCUUUCCCAGUGUAGCAAUCAAGAGAAGUUUCACACAUUGACCGCAGCGUGGUCUCAUUUCUCAUUGUAUUGAAGCCGGAGGAGGCAAAGUGAUGCACUGCAGAAGAUGGAGAGACGCUUCAGUAUCACAAAAUCUUCUAUUAGCGGUCACUAAAUAAGGCAGUCCAACUGGGGCUGACGGUCUUUGGAUUGGUAUGGAACAGAAACAACCACAAACUCCUCUCCAGAGGGCUAUAAAAUGUGAAACUCAAUUAUCUUUGGACACAGUGAAGCAACUGCAUUUCUUGAUUGUGAAACACCACUUGUGAAAAGGCCAACAACAAAGCCUUUGAGUUAGAAAAUGAUGGUCACUCAAACAUCACUCGAGACAAAUAAGAAAAAAAGUUCUUUGUUACAAAAUGCUGCGAAGCAGCAGCAGAACUUCAUGGUGACCUCCAGCUUGUUCUAUGAAGAAUGAUCAGGGCUUUGGUCAGUGCCUUCUCAAAUUGACCAUUAUUAUCUUGUGCAAACAUCGUUGACACCUCAGUUCUGAUGGUACCAUCUAGCCACUUUGUUUUAGUUAUCAGGAAUCAUGUAUGCUAUUGCAGUGGAUAUAAAAAGACUCAGGGAUGUCCAAAUUCCAGCUUUUGGUGAUGUGAAUAGAUGUGAUGUUCUCCACGUUUAAUGCGUCAUAUAACCCGCACAACUCAAUCAAAAAUCAAACUCAAAACCUUUAGGACAUAUAGUUGCACCUGGAAUCUAUCAGCGGAGCACAACUUGAUGUGGAAAUAUUUGCCCACUCUCCCAAAAAACACUCCAAACCCGUCAGAUUGCAAGGGCAUCUCAUACUCAGCCCUCUUCAGAUCACCCCUGCAGAUGUCCAAUCAGUUUAAGGUCUGGACACUGAAUCUUAAUCUCUCUCUGGUGAAGCCAUUCUUCAGUUGAUUUGGAUGUGUGGAAGAUCAAGUUCCUCUUCAGCUUCAUAACAUAAGAUAGAAAGUUUUGUGCUAAAACAGACCUCUAUAUUUGGAACUGUUCAUAAUUCUUGACUAAAUCUCUAGGUCCACUUUUUUUAUUUUUUUAUUUUGCCAAACAUACCUUUUGCAAUUCUAGUCAACCAUAGAUUCACUGACGUAAAUGAGAAACCGUUUUCAAUUGCCUCACUGGGUUAAACAAGUACAUACGUUUUUUUUGUUUUGUUUUUUAAAUAUGAAUUUGACCAAAUUUGUAGACAUCAGGUUUUGGCCGACGCCAGCAAUGAGAUUGCAUUAAUAAGUAAUCAAGAAUUACUUUUGAUGUAUUACUUGUUUAGAGACCUUGUUUCAUCUAAAAUUGACCAAAUGUUUGUAAAUUCAGUCAAUGAUCAGUAAGUACUUGUAUUUCUAUAGUCCUCCAUGAACACAGAUUGAAUAGCGCUGUGUUGAAUCAAAAUUAAAAUUUUCAAAAAUCUACUUUGACUUUGCAUAACAAUAAUCAACAAGUUUGAAUGUGAUUGAGCAAUUCUGAACAAAACCACAUGCCACAAAAGUGAGAGUAAACUUGUGCAACCACAUUGUUUUUGUAGUCAAUUUUCACUUCCCCUCUGUCAAAUAUUUUUGUUUUGAAUUGAGUUUAAAGGUUAGGUCACAUUAAUGGUGGAGGAAAUUUUGGAAUGAUAAAUCCUUUUAACAUCACAAAACAACACUUUUUAUAUCCAUUGUAUAUAUGUACUCAUUAAUUUUAAAUGUGAAUGCUGUGGGAAGAAUGGCAUAUUUGAAAAAGGACUUCAUUCAGUUGAAAUGCAACGUCAGGCAUCAUUAUCCAGUAGUGUUGCUGUGAAUGUGGUCAUUUAAACGUUUCAGUUUAAAAAGACUGAAAAGUGGUACAAUGAUAUCCAAACUACAACAACUCAAUUUAUAUUUCUCUUUUUUUUCUUUCUUUCAUCAAAUCACAGACUUGCAUGAAGGAAAACAAUUCGGUUAUGUUAAGAAAUUUUACUUUGAAUGAAACAAGUUUAACAAUUGUUAUCUGUUCCAAAUCUAAAUAUUUUUACUCACACACGUUAUUGUACGUUUACUUAAGCGAUUCUCAUUUCCCCCCACACAUGGAUAAUUGAUUUCUGGUCAGAAUAACUGAUCCAUUCACUUUGUUUGAGUUUCAUCACCAAAGACACCUUCGUUCAAACAACAUUAGUCAUGACAUGCUAAUUAAUAAAGUAACUAGGACAGCUAGUAUUUCUCUUAAGAUUACACACUCUUUUCUUUUGUACUUUGUUCUGAUCUGCCACUCACUGCUGUCUGACAUUUAGUUGCCUAGCUGCCAAAGAGAAGUUUGUCUUAACUAAAGACAUUUCUGUCCUACAGUUUUGACCACUAGUAGUUGUAAAUUUUGGGGGCUGAUGUUGUUUUUGUACCAAGUUUGCUACCAAUCAGCACAACAAAUAUAACUCAAGCAUACUACCAAUGACUAUAUUGAUAAAUUAGCUUUACUCAAAGCUGUGAUGUAUCAGGUUGUUUUUUUAUUAUUUUGAAAAUGGUGCGAUUCCAUUCCUAUGAACCCAGUGUGACAUAUUGAUUAUACUCAUAAUGUAUAUAAUUUCCAGCAACUCAACUUUGGGGGAUUGUUGUUCUACCUCAUAACAACCACCCACAGCCACAUCAUAUGUAAUCUCAUACAUUUUGUUGGCAACCUCUCAUUAUUUAGUUAAUGUUUUAGCACUGACUGACCACUGACUGAUUUAAAUGUGUUCAGUAUUUGAACCCAGUUUUUGUUCGUGGGAAAAUUGUACCGCUGUAGUGAUGACACUGGGGACUUUCCAAUAAUCAAGAGUCAAAUAAAAGCCACAUGGAUGACUGA